UUCUGCAGAUCCCCGUGCUCUCACCCUCACCGUAAGCUCCUCCCUGGUUCCGUCGUCCUCCGAUCACCACCAUGGAACCCGACGUGAGUAUCGAAACCUCGUCGAUGAUCCGGAUCGCCGUACUUCCGAUCGGAACAAUCCCGCCGGCUAUUCUCCGGGAGUACCACUCGAUACUCCUCCGUCAUCACACGAUCCCUCUCUCCGCCAUCAGCUCCUUCUACACCGAGCACCAGAAAUCUCCGUUCACAAACCAGCCAUGGGAUUCUGGCUCGCUCCGGUUCAAGUUCGUGCUCGGCGGCGCUCCCCCGAGUCCCUGGGAGGAUUUCCAGUCUCACCGGAAGAUCCUCGCCGUGAUCGGGCUUUGCCACUGUCCUUCGUCUCCCGAUCUUGCUGCAGUUAUCGAACAGUUCAAUGUUGCGUGUAAGAGCUACUCCUCGGCUCUUGUCCGGCGUUGCUUCGCGUUUUGCCCCGGCGAUUCCCAACUCGAAGAUGGAGACAAGAAAGGCGACAAUUUGAUACUGUUUCCUCCAGCUGACAGGCGAACGCAGGAAUUUCAUUUGCAAACAAUGAUGCAAGACAUUGCUGCAUCGCUGUUAAUGGAAUUCGAGAAAUGGGUUCUUCAGGCAGAAUCUUCAGGCACAAUUUUGAAGACACCUUUAGAUUCUCAAGCGAGUCUCAACUCAGAGGAGGUUAUCAAGGCCAAAAAGCGAAGGCUGGGACGUGCUCAGAAGACUAUAGGGGAUUAUUGCUUGUUGGCUGGUUCACCUGUCGAUGCCAAUGCCCAUUAUUCUACUGCACUAGAACUGGCCAGAUUGACAGCAGAUUACUUCUGGUAUGCCGGUGCCUUGGAAGGCAGUGUUUGCGCCUUACUGGUUGAUAGGAUGGAUCAACGGAAUGCGGCUUUAGAGGAUGAAGUUAGAUACCGGUACACCAAUGUUAUCUUACAUUACAGAAAGUCAUUCAUUCAAGAAAUUGCUCAGAGAGUUUCCCCUUUAAGCUUCGAACUCGAAGCCACCAUUAAAUUGGCCAGGUUCCUUUGUAGGAGAGAGCUGGCUAAGGAAGUAGGAGAGUUACUAACAAAUGCUGCGGAUGGCGCAAAGUCUUUAAUUGAUGCCAGUGACAGGCUCAUAUUAUAUGUUGAAGUAGCCCGUUUAUUUGGAGCACUUGGUUAUCAACGGAAAGCAGCCUUCUUCUGUAGGCAGGUAGCUCAGUUGUAUCUGCAACAAGAUAACCGAUUGGCUGCUAUCAGUGCUUUGCAAGUUCUGGCCAUGACAACCAAUGCAUACAGAAUUCAAAGUAGAGCAUCCGUGUCCAAAGUUUCUGUUACCAAUGAAGCUGGAUCCCGUCAAGCUGAUGCGGGAAAGAUGCAUCAUCACUCCAUCAUUUCCCUGUUCGAGUCUCAGUGGAGCACUUUGCAGAUGGUUGUGCUGAGGGAAAUACUCCUAUCUGCUGUUCGUGCUGGGGAUCCUCUUGCUGCUUGGAGUGCUGCAGCGAGGCUUCUGAGAUGGCAUUAUCCCCUAAUUACACCUUUUGGUCAAAAUGGACUUGCCAGUUCCCUUGCAAAUUCUGCGGGUAGAUUGCCUUCAGGAACUCGCUGUGCUGACCCUGCCUUACCUUUCAUAAGGCUACAUUCUUUCCCUCUCGUUUCCUCCCAAAUGGACAUUGUAAAAAGGAAUCCAGCAAGGGAAGACUGGUGGGCAGGGUCAGCGCCUUCAGGGCCAUUUAUCUAUACUCCUUUUAGCAAAGGAGAGGCGAACGAUAGUAGCAAGCAGGACCUGAUUUGGGUGGUUGGUGAACCAGUUCAAGUCUUAGUGGAGUUGGCAAAUCCAUGUUGUUUCGAUUUAAGGGUUGACAGUAUAUAUCUCUCAGCCAAUUCAGGAAAUUUUGAUGCAUUUCCUGUCAGUGUAGACCUCCCACCUAACUCUGCAAAGGUCAUCACCUUGUCUGGUAUCCCAACUGAAGUGGGGCCAGUAAGAAUUCCGGGCUGCAUCGUUCAUUGUUUCGGUGUGAUAACUGAACAUUUUUUCAAGGAUGUCAACAAUCUGCUCCUCGGAGCAGUGCAGGGCCUUGUAUUUUCAGACCCUUUCAGAUCCUGCGGAUCUGCAAAGCUACGGCAUGUAACUGUUCCGAAUAUAUCAGUCGUACCGCCACUGCCACUGCUAGUGGCUAAUGUUGUGGGUGGAGAUGGUGCAACUAUUCUGUAUGAAGGUGAAAUCCGUGAGGUACAGAUAAGAUUUGCAAAUGCCGGCACAGUUCCAAUAGAGCAGGCACAUGUCUCACUCUCAGGGAAGAAUCAGGACGCUGUUACCUCUAUAGCAUAUGAAGCUUUACAAUCUGCUCUUCCUUUGAAACCUGGAGCAGAAGCCACUGUGCCGGUGACUCUAAAAGCUUGGCAGCUGGGACCAAUGGAUUCUGGAAACACUACUGUCGCUGGCAGGACUGCCGCAGGUAACACAGGGAGAAAUGCAAAAGACGGGAUCAGCCCGUCAUUACUCAUCCAUUACGCAGGGCCAUUAUCUAACAACGGGGAUCCCCAGGCAAAAGAAUCUGUCAUGCCACCUGGCAGACGCCUCGUUGUUCCCUUGCAAAUCUGUGUGUUGCAGAGUUUAUCUUUUGUCAAAGCUCGUUUGCUUUCAAUGGAAAUUCCUGCACAUGUGGGUGAAAACCUCCCGAAUGAGACGAUUGAGACAGAGAGCAAGACAGACAGAUUAGUGAAGAUCAAUCCCUUCAGGGGAAGCUGGGGACUGCGGUUUCUUGAACUCGAGUUAUCUAACCCAACUGAUGUUGUAUUCGAAAUCUGCGUCUCUGUCCAGCUGGAAAAUCCGACAAAGGACGAUGAAUCUCCAACUGUCCAGGGUUCUCCAGAGUACAAGUACCCAAAAACAAGAAUUGAUCGGGACUGCUCUGCCAGGGUACUGAUUCCAUUAGAGCAUUUUAAGUUACCAGUUCUCGACGGUUCAUUCUUCACGAAGGAUUCCCAGUCCGACAGGAGUGGUAGCAGCAGUACAAGCGGUAGAACCCCGAGCUUCUCAGAGAAGAACACGAAGGCUGAGAUAAAUGCAUUGAUCAAGAAUCUCAUUUCAAAGAUAAAGGUCCGAUGGCAGUCGGGGAGGAACAGUUCGGGAGAAUUGAACAUCAAGGAUGCAAUCCAAGCAGCCCUUCAGACGUCUGUGAUGGAUGUUCUACUUCCUGAUCCACUAACGUUUGGUUUUAGACUGGUAAGACACGGUUCUGGGAGACAGCCCGAGUCCCUGGCAUCCAAAGGGUCGGUCUCGGCACUUGAAAUGACUCCAAUGGAGGUUCUGGUCCGAAAUAACACAAGCGAAGCAAUCAAGCUGAGUCUCAGUGUUACAUGCAGAGAUGUAGCGGGACAGAACUGCGUUGAAGGGGCUGAUGCCACUGUUCUUUGGGCUGGUGCUCUGAGUGAGAUCACGAUGGAAGUUCCUCCACUGGAAGAGAUAAGGCAUGGUUUCUCGAUGUAUUUCCUAGUCCCGGGAGAGUACACGAUGGUUGCAGCUGCCGUGAUUGAGGACGCAAACAACGUCCUGAGAGCUCGGGCACGGACCGAAUCUCCAGAAGAACCCAUCUUUUGCCGUGGACCGCCCUUUCACGUAUGCGUCACCGGUGGCUCCCUUUGAUCCAAUCGACAAAAAAAAUAAUCUGAGGUAACGUUGUCGUUUUUCUAAUCACUCGGUUUUCUCUUUUGUGAUUGUCGCUGUUAUAUUUCAUUUCAUAUGGGGUUGAGUUUGUUGUAUAUUUCUGUCUGUCUUUGAGUUCAAAGUUCAGAUUGUGGAAAAAGGAUGACUGUUAUGCAUAAAACGUCUGCAUUUCUCUAUCAAUCAUAUUUUCCAUA